GGGGUGGAGCGUGGGGAAGCACACUACACUACAUGCUGUGGGUAUGCCUACAGUUAUCAAGACACAAGUGGAGUUGGUGUCACUGAGUUACUGUUGUGAUCCCUGUUAUACAGAACAUCAGGCACUCGAUUGGGACAGAUAAGCACAAGUGUGGAAGCAGGAAUACAAUGUUCACUAUGGAAUGUGUAACAGGAGCAUCCAUAACACAGGGGAAGAACACUUCUUGUACAUUCCUCCUCUGUUUCCUAUUCUUGUUGCUGUCUAUUGCUGAUGCCUUGCUGGCUUGUCCUACCCGCUGCACUUGUAAAAGAUAUGAAGUGGAUUGCAGCAAUCGAGGCCUCAUCACUAUCCCGACAAACAUUCCGUUUGAUACCAAAUCCCUCUCGCUCAACAACAACAAGCUCAGCACCUUGCAGUUCCUCACAUUGGCAAACCUCACUACACUGGAAAAGCUCGACCUAUCCAACAACUACUUGGACCAGUUACCAGUGAAUGUAUUCAAUGAUGUUGGCAACCUGAUUGACCUCAAUUUAAGAAACAACAGCAUCCGGAGCUUAGAUAAAAAGAUCUUCUACAGGACCAUCAAUUUGCAGAGGCUGGACCUUUCCGUGAAUGGCAUCUCUCAGAUUCCAUUGGACUUGUUUGACGAGAUGCAGAACCUCACCUGGCUGUCUCUGAAAGGAAACAGGAUGCAAAGCCUUGAAAGGGCAGCAUUUGAACCGAUGGUGCAUCUUCAGUACUUACUGCUAGGAGGGAACCCAUGGGAGUGUGAUUGCAGCCUGAGAGACUUCAAGCACUGGAUGGAGUGGUUUCUCUACAAAGGUGGAAAACUGGAUGGAAUUGAAUGUUCUCUGCCCAAAGACCUGCGUGGGAAGGAUCUCCGAGUAGUUCCUGUGGAGAUGUUCAACUACUGUGUGGAGCUGGAGGAUGAGAACAAAUCCACAAUGGAUGUGAAGGCAGAUCCUCCCCCUCCCUGUGUGAAGAAGGAGAAACCACCACCAGUUCAGACCACUAGUUUGAGUCCCAUGCUUGAUCCUACAAUGCACACACAAUGCAUCAGACAACGUUACCGUCCAGCCAGUGUCAGACGAGCAAUCGGGACAGUUAUCAUUGCUGGGGUUGUGUGUGGCAUUGUCUGCAUUAUGAUGGUGGUGGCAGGAGCGUACGGUUGCAUCUACGCAUCUCUCAUGGCAAAGUAUCAUCGCGAGCUUAAAAAACGCCAGCCGUUAAUGGGAGAUGGGGAGCAGGAGCAAGAGGAACAAAAGCAAGCCUCUUCCAUUGCAUGAUUAACAAGCUCAAGGGUAGCUCUGGCUUUAGCAGAAAAAUCUUCAGUUUUCUCCAGCUCCGGUCUCUGUGUGCGUGUUGUGGUUCUGAUGCUAGUAUUGACUCCUUAAAUCACUUUGGACCUGAGGAAAAUUGGGAACACAUCAAGUCUUUAAAAGAAUAUGCAUACUACAAGCCUGACUCCUACUCUGUUUGUACGUUGGAGUUCUAGAUGCUCUAGCAGCCUAUUAGAUGGGGUCUUUUACAUGAAAGAGAAGGGCAUUGUCUCUGAAAAUCCCUUGCAUGUCACUUGUUUGACACAGUAUUUUGAACUUACAGCAAAAUUGGCUGUUUUAGUCUAUGUACAUGUAUCUGACUCUUAAUUUGAAAAAAAAGGACUGGACCUUUCAGUGUAUUUCAGUUUUUUUUCAUACUCUACUGUGCAGAUAGUUUUAACUUAAAAUAUAUCAAGCUGAAUGACUAGUUAAAAAAAAGGUUCAGAAUGGAGAUAAUUAUUUAAAACAGACAUUUGGGACGGUUCAAUUGACUUUAGGCAUUGCGUGGUGUAAAAAUCAAGACUGGUUAUUCUGUGAGGUAGAUUCUCAGGGGAAGAACCAUAUUAAAACACAAUUUAAAACAUUCUCCAAUGUGGGUCUUUCAUUUUCCAAAAAUU